UAUUGCUUACUCUGAGUCAAAUAUUUUUGUUUUACCUUAUUAAUUCAUUAAAAAUAAAAUAAUUUACCCUUAACAUAAAAAGUCUUUUAUUAUGGGUUUCCUGACAAUAUUGAAGAAGUUACGGCAAAAGGAAAAGGAGAUGAGAAUACUUAUGUUAGGACUAGACAAUGCGGGUAAAACUACAAUAUUGAAAAGAUUUAAUGGAGAACCAAUAGACACUAUAUCUCCAACCCUCGGCUUCAACAUCAAGACUUUAGAACACCGUGGUUUCAAGCUGAAUAUUUGGGACGUCGGCGGACAGAAAUCACUCAGGUCAUAUUGGAAGAAUUACUUUGAGAGUACGGACGGGGUGGCGUGGGUGGUGGACAGUGCAGAUGCAAGGAGGCUUUCGGACUGCGCACGGGAGCUGCACUCACUGUUGCGGGAGGAAAGGCUCGCUGGAGCAACGUUGCUAGUGCUGGCUAACAAAGCAGAUUUACCUGGUGCAUUAACUUUACAGGAGAUUAGAGAGGCCCUAGAUCUGGACAGUAUCAAGACACACCACUGGCGCAUUGUACGAUGUUCAGCUGUCACAGGAGAGAACCUUCUAGAUGGAAUGGAUUGGAUGUUGGAUGAUAUAGCUUCUAGGAUAUUUACUCUAGACUGAAACUCAUCGGUUUGACAUCGGUCAAAAUUAUGCUUGGAUGCAGAAGUGCUUUGUGUCCUUGUGUAAAUGUUAAUUGAUCUGACAGACAAGGCAAAGCUAUGUCUUCCUUUCUACACAUAUUUUCCACAAAGCAAAAGCUGUAUCAUAUUAUUUAAACAAAAUCCUAGGCAUAACACAUAACACUAUUAAAAGCAGCUAGACCCUCAACUUAAUGGGUAUAUAAAUGUUUCCUUUAUAAAAUCACUGGAAUAAAAUAUUAAGUAAAGCUUAUUAACUCAUUAAGAUACAUAUUUCUUGCAGCAAAUGUCACGCUGGCCAGAAUAAUAUCUAUAGACUACUUUCUCACAACGUAUACACUUCAGUACAUAACAUAUCUUUCCCCCCAGAUUGUUCAAUAGUAAAACAACACUAUUUCAAAGUUCAAUUUUAUUUUUUAAAUUCAUAUCUUGCAAUCGGCUCAUCAAGUCAGCAGAUUCGCCAUUUGCACUCGUCUAAAGCCUGUACCAUAGAGUUAACUAAUUAAGUCAUAAAUUAACAACAUAAACCUUAUUCUUAGCAUUCUCAGCCAACUGAAACAGUCCUUUCUACAAACACAGUCAAGAAAACCGUAAACCACACCACUGUGUCUCCCAAACCACGACGUUGGCAAAAUCACUGACCGCAUUUGGUGGAAGCCAUUUAAAUUAAAAGAAGAAGAAAUAAACCUUAAUAAUGUGACUAAAUUCUAUUGUGAUUGUGGUGUUACUUAAAAUGAUAAUUGAUUUUUGCGGGAAUCUGUUUAUAGAACAGAACUGCAUCUCCAGUGAGGAAACAGUCUCAUUUUACUUUACUGAAUUUUUUUCGCAUUAGUGUAUAAAAUCCCAGGCAUGUCUUUUAAGCAUACUGUUUGUAAGGUCAAUAAUUGUAUCGCAAUUACAAUUCACUUUUAUAUUUCACUGACCUUGCAUGUUUUGUUUAAUAUUUAAACAACUAAUUACUAUGCUAUUGAUUUUACCCUUUGAAUGGUUGGUGAGUUAUUCUGCUUCACAUGAAUCAUCUUUUUCAACCUGAGACUCUUCAUCGUCCAAGUUAAAUUCGACUUGAGAUCUCAUUUUCUUGGAAGAUAAUGUAGGUGGGGAUCAUGACAAAGCAUUCUUUGUCCUUAAUAACUCAACUGAAUAUCCUGUCAUUACAAUAUCUUGUGGCUCUGAUACUCCAAUGAUGUCAGCUCAUUUUUGUGGAGAUGGUAUAAGCACAUGACUUGCAUUAUCACUAUUUCAGAAUGAACGGUUACUCAAAAACAUUGUUUUUCAUUGAGAAGAUUGUACAGUGACUCAAUUUAUUAUUGAGGAUACAUCUUCAAUACAUGCUCUCUUCUUUUCACUACUUGAACCAGAACUUUCAUCCUCUAUUUUUCUGUUUAAAGGAUAAUUGCUAAAAGCCAUUGUAGUGUCGUUUUCAGCCCCUAUAUUAAUGUCUUUGUAGUGUCUUCAAUAAAUUUAACGAUGGAUCAUUUCUUUUUGUCACAAAAAAAUAGUUUGUCUGGAAUAUAGUGAUAGAUUUAUAACCCUCAGGUAAAUGUUCACUAUUUUUCUUUAACCAUUCUGUUGAUUUGAUUGGCAUGUCCUUUAUUAACAUUUUUAUCUUGGAGAUACUAAAGUUGGGUAGCAAGCAACAAUAUAACUCCCCCUCUAGAUUUUUAAGAGUAGCUUUUCACAAUUACUUCACCAUCUAAAUAAAGUUCAUCGCCAGUAUUCCUGAUUGAGAUGCCUGAUGUUAAAUCAAUUCUUAUUUCAUAUCUAUCACAAUGUAUUUUAUCCAUUGUUGUUUUUCUAUAAUUUAUUUGAGGCCUUGAACAAAAAUUAUGAAAUCGAUUCCAGGAACAACUCUGGUUUGCGUCCUCCUCAAACACUGUCCCCAUCGACACUGGAGACCUCUGACAUCGACCAGAACUCCAGAUCUGGCGCACUGACGUCACGACUGGAACCUGCCAUUGGUAGGCUCUCUGUACUGUUCUGAUUUUCUGGGGUCUCCUCUUUCCAGCAGUGCUCCGCAUCUCCUUAGGAAAGACUCCUGUAUCAUUUCUGUCCUUACACCGUCCUUAUCGGAUACCUUCUGCACUCCGUCCUUUGCGGACACCACUUUCUCACCGUCCUUCACGGACCCAACGGUUGUAUUUUUUUUUUAUUUCCAUUUCUGUUCCCACGAGUAUGGGGCCAUACAGAGCCGGCAUUGUAUUUUGCUACCGGUUGGUAGUCGGCCGGAGUUACUCCUCCGAGCCGUCCCGAGGAACACGCUAGCCAAAAAGAAUUCCAGCAGCGUGUUCCGCGGGACGACCUGUCCCUCGCCAGGUACCGAGCUUAGACAAGAGGUUUUUUUAUAGAGGUUGACUCCUCACGGCACCGAGCGAUUAAGCCAAGGACCCCCGCUCCCACACUGGGCCGAUAGACGUGAUCACCGACUCCCAGUGCAGGUUUACGGUUUGUAGUCAGUUGCACCGAAGUACUGUCCGGCUGCGCAGUUAAGCACCCACCGG